AUGGCCACGAAAGUUAAGGUUGUCUCCACAGAGACCAUCAAGCCGUCCUCUCCAACUCCACCUCACCUAAGGAACUUCAAUUUCUGCCUCCUUGACCAGCUGGCUCCUCCGUUUUAUGUUCCGGUCGUCCUGUUCUACUCCGCUCCUGAUGAAAAGGCAGCGCCAGACUCUGCCUCGGUGUCGGGAAACUUGAAAACUUCACUAGCGCAGGUGCUUUCUCUCUUCUACCCUCUAGGUGGAAGGGUGAAAGGAAAUGCCAGCAUUGAUUGCAAUGAUGAGGGUGCACUCUAUUUGGAGGCGAAAGCUCACUUCGAACUGUCCAAAGUCCUUUCGUACACAGAAACCGCCCAGCUGCAGCAAUUCCUCCCAUUCUCUCCAUACAAAGUCAGUACCAACAAUGAGGAUCAAGUCAUUGUAGGGGACCAAGCCAACUUUUUUGACUGCGGCGGCAUCAAGAUCGGCAUCUGCAUCUCUCACAAGAUUGCUAAUGGCGCGUCGGUCUCUGCUUUUCUCAAUGCAUGGUCUGCAAUUGCCAACAAUGGCAUUGACGGCGAAGCGAGCCUCAUCACUCCCUUCCUGAAAGCAUUUGAGCUCUUCCAACCAAAGGACAUAAACUUCAAAAUUCCAUCUAGAGUCAUCAGCAGAGAGAAGCUUUCGACCAAGAGGUUUUGUUUCGAUUGUGAUGGCUAG